AUGGAUAACAGUGACAGGAAAUGCAACUACGAAGUAGCCAAAGUCGAAGCAGAGUCGCUUUCCGACAACCCACCACUCUCCACCUCAUACAACGAGCGAAUCCGCCCUUUGCUGGACGCAGUUGAUCGCCUCCGUCUUCUCAAAGUCGCCCAAGAAGGCAUUCAACUUCCAACUAUCGUGGUAGUCGGCGAUCAAUCUUCCGGCAAGUCUAGCGUACUCGAAUCCCUCGCCGGCAUCGAUCUCCCCCGCGGCCAAGGCAUAUGUUUGCUUGAGAAGAUUACUGCAGAUGAUGUUAACAUCGGCCUGGGAUAUGUCUGUGUGAGGAACCGAAUUGGUGAGGAAUCUUACGAGGAGGCGAGAAGAGAAGAAACUAGUCUUUUUCAGACUCAUCCUCUGCUUUCAAAAAUUGACAAGUCCAUGGUGGGCGUUCCGGUUCUUGCUCAGAGGCUGGUUCAAAUACAAGCAUCCAUAAUCUCAAAAUGCUUGCCCGAUAUUAUAAGAAAAAUUAAUGAGAAACUCAAAGAGAAUGUUUUGGAGCUAAGCAAAAUGCCCAAAAACAUAUCUUCUGUUGCUGAGGCAAUGACUAAAUUGAUGGGGAUUAUUGGAUUGUUUAAGGACUCUCUUAGAAAGAUUUUGCUGAGAGCUGAAUUUGAUGAAUACCCAGAUGACAAAAAUAUGCAUUGCACAGCUCGUUUAGCCGAGAUGUUGGAUAACUUUUCAAGGAAGCUUCAAAAGAGUGCGGAAAAUAACUGCACGGAUGGCUUUUUAUUGGAAGAGAUUAAGGAAUACCCACAACUUCAAUUUUCCAUGAGAAGAGCAGUGAAAAACCUUGUUGCGAAGAUGAAGGAGAAAGCAUUUGAUCAAGUGACAGAGAUGAUUGACAUGGAGAAGGUGACAGACUAUACAUGUAAUCAAGAGUACAUGGAGGUUUGGGUAAAACUUAUGGCUUGUCAAAAUGCAUUUAUGGCGGCCAUGAACAAUUACUCUAUCUCGUCAAAUUUGAAAAUUGAGGGUCUCGGGACAGUGGAAGUUAAGCAUUUGAGAAAUUAUCCUAGUAGUAUCAGAGAUCAGGCCUUUGAUUUGAAGAUGAGAAUUUUUGCCUACUGGAAGAUUGUCAUUAAAAGGAUUACAGAUGCUGUGGCUAUGAACUUGCUGCUAAGCAUGGACAAUCUGGUUAAUCAAGAAAUAGAGACGGUGAUUGUGAACCAGAUAAUGGGUGGUGAAGGCAAUGGAAUCAAGCAGAUGCUAGAAGAAUCCCCAUCAGUUGCAAGCAAGCGUGAGAGGCUGAACAAAAGUAUUAAGUUGCUAAAGGAGUCAAAGGAUAUUGUGGAUCACAUAAUGGAUAGGGAUAUCCAAUGGUGA